CAGCUCUGCUCCGCAGAGGAAGGGAGGCUGAGCCCUGGGCCAGGCUUGGCAGGGAGGGAAGGGGGAGGACAAGACCCCAGGGCAUUGUGGGAACACUGGCCAGGCUGGACUUUGCCUUCCUCCUCGUCCUUCAGCCGGGAGCCCGUCUUUGCUUGCCUUUGCCUUUGAGGCUCUGUGGCUGUGGGGCUGAGUGGCAUCAUGGCGGCUCAGAAAGAUCUCUGGGACGCCAUUGUGAUUGGGGCGGGGAUCCAGGGCUGCUUCACUGCAUACCACUUGGCCAAACACAGGAAGAGGAUCCUCCUGCUGGAGCAGUUCUUUCUACCACACUCCCGAGGAAGCUCCCAUGGACAAAGCCGGAUAAUCCGAAAGGCAUACCUGGAAGACUUUUACACCCAGAUGAUGCAUGAGAGCUAUCAGAUAUGGGCCCAGCUGGAGCACGAGGCUGGAACCCAAUUGCACAGGCAGACUGGAUUACUGUUGCUGGGAAUGAAAGAGAAUCAAGAAUUAAAGACAAUCCAGGCCAAUCUGUCGAGGCAGAGGGUAGAACACCAGUGUCUUUCAUCUGAGGAGCUGAAGCAACGUUUCCCAAAUAUUCGGUUGCCCAGGGGAGAAGUGGGGCUCUUGGACAAUUCUGGAGGAGUUCUCUAUGCAUACAAGGCCCUCAGAGCCCUGCAGGAUGCAGUUCGACAGCUAGGAGGCAUAGUGCGUGACGGAGAGAAGGUGGUGGAGAUAAACCCAGGGCUACUGGUCACGGUGAAAACCACCUCCAGGAGCUACCAAGCUAAGAGCUUGGUCAUCACAGCAGGUCCUUGGACCAACCAGCUCCUCCGUCCCCUGGGCAUUGAGCUGCCUCUCCAGACCCUGCGGAUCAACGUGUGUUACUGGCGAGAGAUGGUUCCUGGGAGCUAUGGUGUGUCCCAGGCCUUUCCGUGCUUCCUGUGGCUGGGCUUAUGUCCCCACCACAUCUACGGACUGCCCGCAGGAGAGUACCCAGGGCUGAUGAAGGUCAGCUAUCACCACGGCAACCAUGCAGACCCUGAGGAGCCGGACUGCCCCACAGCACACACAGACAUCCGAGACGUCCAGAUCCUGAGCGGCUUUGUCAGAGAUCACUUACCUGAUCUGAAGCCCGAGCCUGCCGUCAUUGAGAGCUGCAUGUACACGAAUACCCCUGAUGAGCAGUUCAUUCUCGAUCGCCACCCAAAGUAUGACAACAUUGUCAUUGGUGCUGGAUUCUCUGGGCACGGGUUCAAGCUGGCCCCUGUGGUGGGGAAGAUCCUGUAUGAAUUAAGCAUGAAAUUAACACCAUCUUAUGACUUGGCACCUUUUCGAAUCAGCCGUUUCCCAAGCCUGGGCAAAGCCCACCUUUGACCUCUGGCCAGAAGCCUCCCUUCUGUGCACAGGAGCCAAUUUCACAGAUGGAGAAGAUGUCUCAGAUGAAGGGAGUGUCCCUGAGAUGUCAUCCUUUUCUUCUGCCUCUCCUGAACCCCCGUAAACACUAGAU